AUGUCAGGCAGAAACGUGACAUCUGUGAAGGACUUUUUCAUCAUUGGUUUUCCUGGACUUCAGCCUAACUACUAUGCCCUUGUAUCUGCAGUUAUGUUCAUUGUCUAUGUGUGCACUUUAAUAGGGAAUGGAAUUUUUCUGCUUUUGUUUGCAACAAACAAGAGUCUCCAUAAACCCAUGCAUUUUAUUUAUAUGAGUCUUGUGUUGUCUGAUGUGUUAUUCAGUACAUGCACCUUACCAAAGAUUAUUGCUCGAUAUUGGUUCCAAGAUGGGACCAUUUCUUUUGCAGCUUGUUUUUUUCAGAUGUACUUAGUGCAUUAUUUUGGUACAGUCAAUGCAUGGACAUUAGCUGAAAUGGCCAUAGAUCGAUAUAUAGCAGUUUGCUACCCAUUUCAUUACCAUACUCUUAUGUCAAAUAGAAAUAUAUUAAUUAUGUCCAUUUUAGUCUGGGUUUUUGCUCAUGGUGGCAAUAUAAUGAUAGUUGUUAGAGCUUCUCCCCUCCCUUACUGUGGAGCUAACACCAUUGUACACUGCUAUUGUGAUCAUGUAUCUGUUACCCUUCUUGCAUGCACUGACAGGGCUCCAUAUGGUUUUCCAGCUUUUGUUUAUGCCAUGGUAGUAUUGCUGGGCUCUCUUUUCAUUAUUGUGGUCUCAUAUUCCUUAAUUAUUUUAGCUGUCCUAAAACUAUCAAGCACACAGGGGCUGCUAAAGUGUUUUUCCACAUGUAGUUCUCAACUCAUUAUAAUUGCGCUCUUCUUCUUACCAAAGUGUUUUUAUUACUUAGCUGCCAAUAUAGGUAUCAGAUUUAAUGCUGAUUUGAAAAUAGCCAUCAUUAUGCUGUAUAGCCUGCUACCCCCAAUGAUCAAUCCUUUACUCUAUAGUCUAAAAACAGAAGAAGUUAAGAAAAUAUUGAUAAGAAAAUUUAAAAAAGGCCAAGUUAACUUGACCUAA